UCAUGUGUUUAACGACUCAAAACAAAACGCUGAGUAAGGUCUCUGGUUAUUCAUUCUGGAACUUUACUUCAAUGAUGGCGAUCAAAUUCGCGUAUAGUUCUGUUGUGUUUAUCGUUUUUAUCUAUCUUACUGUUGCCUCUAAUGAAUUGUAUGAUAUUCUUGGUGUUCACAAGUCAGCCAGUAGCCAGGAAAUAAAAAAGGCGUAUAAAACUUUGGCGAGGGAAUGGCAUCCUGAUAAAAAUCAAGAUCCUUCUGCAACUGACAAAUUCACGAAAAUCAAUGAAGCUUAUGAGACACUGAGUGACCCCCAACGCCGGGCAGACUACGACAACUAUGGCUACACUUCGGCCCAAGAGCAGCAGAGGAACCCGCAUGCGCACCCUGGCAGGGGCUUUCAUCCGUUCGACGAUUUCUUCUCGGGGGGAUUUGGCUCCUUCCGUUUCGGUGGCAGAGAGAGUGUCAGCAUGGAGAAGUUCCUCAUCACUCUGCGCCAGUACGAGUCGAAAAUGCAUCCCAGAUCUCAUCAGAGUCCGUGCUUCAUCUAUGCGUUUUCUGACUUCUGCUUUGACUGUAUGCGCAUUGAGCCUGUGGUUUUCAAAUUCAUGACCGAACUGGAUGCUGUGGGUAUGUGCGUGGGUGCCGUUCACCUCCGGCGAAGCCCCGGCCUGGCCAGCCACCUGCGUCUGCACACGGCCCCGUACCUGCUGGCCGUGGUCUCGGGCCGGAUCACCUACUACAAGAACUCGGCCAUCAGCUUCCAUCUGCUCAGAGACUUUGUGAAAAAACUAUUUCCUGCCGGCACCCUGACCACUAUCACCGAUGACAACUUUGAAGAAUUUGUGUCGGGAUGGAAGGACAAUAGAGUGAGGGCCAUUUUCUUCAGCUCCAAAGAGGAACCCUCGAUGCGCUUCCUAGCGCCGGCGUUUGCCCACCGCGACCGCAUCGCCUCGGGCUACGUCUACACGGGCUCCGCUAACGUCCUCAAGCUGCUCCGGCAGUACAACGUUAACAAACACAGGGAGACCAUGCUCUUGUGGAACGAAAUCCCUCAUCAGACUCUGGCUUCUAUUUCAAUGCAGCAGUUGUCCCGGUCCACCAUCGACGAAGUCCUGGCCAGCAAUCGCUACCUGGCUCUCCCCCGUCUCUCGUCACAGUCGGUGUUUGAGGAAUUGUGUCCACAGGAGCCCAAAGUCAAGAAAAGGAGCUUGUGUGUGACUCUAAUUUGUAAGAAAUCAGAGUCGCACGAUGAGGCGCGCAUUUCCUUCAGGGAAUUUGCCCAGAACAGCCCGCUGGGAUCCGAACGGAUUCGGUUCACGUAUCUGUACGAAGACACGCAACAGAACUUUGUGAAAGCCCUCACCAAAGGAAACCAGACGCGCUCACAGACUAUCUUAGAGGUUGCUAUUUUGUGGCGCACAGACACGAGAAAGCUGAGCUAUGAGUUUGUGCCUCACGGCUGGAGUUUGGAUCCCCAGUAUUCCCCUCAGUCACGCCAGCAGCUGGAGAAGAGGCUCACGGAGCUGCUAAGAGGAGACGCUCUGCUCCCCUACAGGGCCACCGUGCCUGAGUUUUACAACGAGCACAUGCUGGGCCUGAUGACAAGAAUACUGUACCGACUGGUUGACUGGUAUGACAGGGUCUACUACUACUGCACGAGCUACGACGGCAUGACUUUGCUGACAGCGUUGGCGGCCAUCUCGUUUAUCGGCCUCCUCACGUUGAGCAUGAAGAAGCUGGCGGCCGACGAGAUGGAGCAGCUGAAGAAGGACAAAAUGGCCAGGAAAGCCCAGAAGAGACCUCCGUCGUGUUCGGCGGACAACCAGACCAUCCAUCUGUACGAGCUGCGCUACGACACCUUCCAGAACCUGGUAGCCGAGGCGGACACUGGCUUGACCGUCACUCUGCUGGUGGACGAGCACUCCAAGACCAAGCUGAUGAGGAAGUUUGCCGAGAUCAUGCAGCCGUUUUCAAGGUACAGUGCUCUGACCUUCGCCUUCCUGCAGCUAGAGUACUACCUGGACUGGUACCGUCACCUUCUGGAGCUGACGAUGGACUUCAAGGUGACCUUGGAGAACAUCAACAACCGCAACUGCAUCGGCAGCGUGCUGGCCAUCAACGGCUACCGCAAAUGCUACUACAUCUAUCACCCGAAGAGGGCUCGAAGGUGGAUGAGGAAGGAGCACGGCAAGAACAUCACCAAGGCCGUGGGGUUCGGAGACUCUGACUCUGACAGCGCCAGCGAUGGCGGAACGCGGGAGGAAAACGUUUUGUUUGAGGAAGAGCUCCUGGCCGGAUUGUCCAUCUGGAUGGAUCGGGUCUUUGAUGGCUCGGUGAAGAAAGUCCGACUUCCGUACUGGCCGGAGAUGAGCAAAUGAGAGUGGCAGGGAGGAGGAACGCCUUGGCACUUAUAGUAGGACCUGUUUGUGUUGCGAAUGCCGUAAAACUUUUACGGAAACUAAAAGAAAGGAGAGCUUGGACAGAGAUCUGUGUUGUUUCUGUGAUUUUUUUUUACGCUACUUUUUUUUCUUCUUCUUCGGCUGACUGUCGAUAUUAAUGAUGACUUAAACAACACGCAGGGCACAGCUCUGUUUGGGCGGUAGACACAGAUAAGAUAAGAUAAGAUAAGAUAAUACUUUAUUAUCCCAGAGGGAAAUUUUUCUUGGCUGUACAGGACCG